GGGAAGAAGAACCCGGAAGGGAGAGUCUGAUCAGGGACAGGAGCUCCCCUAUCAGUCCCGUCAGCUGUCCUGUAACAGAUUUGUCUUUAUUGGCACCACUGUCAGCACAGGCAGCCAAUCCCAGGCCUGCUCGCCCAGCCUUGACCGUUCCUUCCAGGAAACCACAACAAAAUCUGUCCCGUCUCUGCUCCCCGGGAGCCUUUACCGCGGCUGCCUCUCCACCAGCCCCAAAGCCUCCCCUGAGUGCCCUGAGUGGCUCACCGUGUUCUCCUCCGGAACCCGUUUGAUUUUCUGGCCUAUUUAACAAGGUCUCUUGUACAAGGUUGUGCCUUGGAGUUUCUAAUUUCUUUUAAUAAAAAGCCAGAAGAGUGGAAAGAGAGGAACUCAAUGAAGCUCUGCUCUGUAAAGCUGAACGAUGGGUUCCUCAUGCCCAUGCUGGGACUGGGCACCUCCGCUCCUAGUAAGGUUGCUAAGAGCGAUGUGGAAGAGGCUGUCAUGAAAGCAAUUGAUGUCGGCUACCGCCAUUUUGAUUCCGCUUACUUUUAUCUAAAUGAAGAAGAGAUUGGGAGGGCCAUCUGGAAGAAGAUCGCUGAUGGGUCUGUGAAGAGGGAGGACAUAUUCUACACUUCAAAGCUGUGGGGAACCUUCUUCCGUCCAGAAUUGGUUCUAACCAGCCUGGAAACGUCACUGAGGAAACUUCAGUUGAGCUAUGUGGACCUUUAUCUUAUACAUUUCCCAGUACCUUUGAAGCCUGGGGAGGAGCUCUUCCCGAAGGACAGAAAUGGGGAACUCAUCUUCGACACAGUGGAUUUCUGUACCACGUGGGAGGCCAUGGAGAGGUGCAAAGAUGCAGGGCUGGCCAAGUCCAUCGGGGUGUCCAACUUCAACCGCAAGCAGCUGGAAAGGAUCCUGAACAAGCCAGGUCUCAAGUACAAGCCCGUGUGCAACCAGGUGGAGUGUCAUCCUUACCUCAACCAGAGCAAACUGCUGGAGUUCUGCAAGUCCCAGGACAUCGUCCUGACGGCGUAUGCGGCCUUGGGGUCCAACUCAGGGAAGGAAUGGGUGAGCAAGAACAACCCGGUUCUGCUAGAGGACCCAGUACUCAAUGCCAUUGCUGCCCGGCACCGGCGGACCCCCGCCCAGGUGGCCCUGCGCUACCAGCUGCAGCGGGGAGUGGUGGCCCUGGCCAAGAGCUUCAAUCCGAAGAGAAUUCAGGAGAACUUUCAGGUUUUGGAUUUCCAGUUGACUCCAGAGGACAUGGACACUCUAGACGGUCUAAACAGGAACAUGCGCUAUUUUGUAGAUACUGUGUGCCCUCGGCCAACACCCUUCUCCCUCUGCCGUGUUCAUCGAUCUACACGAAACCCGAAUCGCACCGUACCUGAAAAACAGGCAACGUGUUGGUUAUUCACCAGCAUGGAAGCGUGUUUCCUCCAGCGGAUUCAUUACCGCGUCACGCAGUGGUGCGUGGUCCCUAUCAGGCUGGCUGGGUCUGUACCUGUCCAAAGAGAAAAUUCAUUUUCAUACUUAAGCCAAUUUAAAAGAGGCCUCUCUCUACCCAGCACAGAAAUAGUUCUGUGACUAAAAUCUCCGUUUACCUUUCAGAUUUAGCCAGCAUCCGGAUUAUCCAUUUCGGGAUGAGGAUUAACAGCAAUGUCAGCGCUGUGCCAGAGUUCUUUGAUUUUGGUUGACCAAGCCAGGCAUCUGGUUUACCCCGGUUGCUGCCUGAUCGAUCACAGUGUGAAAUGAAAGUCUCUCCACCCAGUCUUUCCCCCCAAAGGAAAGGAAAAUACGUUUCAAGCAACCUCACCUACCAAUGCCCUGACUUUUUAGUCUGUCUUGCUGUUUCUUGUGUCACUGAGAUUGAAGUGCUGAUAACCACUGAAGCGAACACAGGAAAAAUAGAAAUCUCUAAAAAAAACUAACCAUUUAGUGA